GCAGGCCCCUCCUCCUUCCAUCUCCAAGGGGCUUUGGGAAAGGUAUAAAAACGCACCACCAUCCUCUGCGUCAGGACCAGUUGAAGUGCAAUAUUGAAGCCUGUACUGUACGAUUCAGGAUCCAGACUCUAACCUCAAGGCAUGUUGACCAGGAAUUUUCUCAUCUUCUGCUCUCUGGCAGUUCUGCUAGUACAAGCUGACUUCGAUACUAAUAACGAUCACGCUGCCCAAGCCAUGUCCACAGAUAAGGACUCAACCUCGGAGGAAGCUCCAACUGAAAGCAUAAAUGCCAUAUCCGCGGAUCAGCCUAAUGCUCCUAAACCUAAUGGAGUCACUGGACCUGGUGUUGCAGCAAACAGUGUUGAGGACCAGGAGGAGGAUGAAAGCUCAGAUGAAGGUCUGAAAAAAAAUAAUGUUCCUCCUCCUCCUCCUCCUGCUCCACAACAAAACUCAGGAAAGUUAGUUGGGCCAGCAGGUGGGAACCGGAGAAAGGCCCCAGCCCCACAACAAAAGAGGAGAUCACGACCCUCCCGCCGUCAGCAGUGAAAUGCCAAAAAGACACAGAGGCAAACAUUUACUUUUAGUUAAUUGCAUAGAAGAAGAAACAUAUUGUAUCCUAUUACUGUAUAUGCCAUAACAUGAAAGUGUACAGAACCGUACUCGCAUGAUGAAGCUGCUUUGAUGUAUCUUGAGCAGCAGAACAGUCAGCAAGACAUGACAUAUUGUUUACUGUAAUGUCUGUGGAAAACACUCAGUGGUAUGUUCAAUACAAACUCAUGGGCAUUUCUCUGUGAAUAAAAAUGUAGGAUUAAAUUAACAAUGUAUUGUGAUGACAUAAAACCAGGCCAAAUUAUCAUAACUGACCUUGACCUUAAGAGCCACUGAAACGGCUCUAAAUUCACCAACCUGUUUCAAAAUAGCAAGGACCUCACUCCCAUGAAAAUACCUCCAUUUCUAAAUGAGCGCACACACCGCACUAAAUGUCGAUCUCCGUUCAUUCGGCGUGGUGUGUUUUAUGGACCACUUGCCUGUGGGCGUCUGACUGCUAACAUUUUCGCGUGGUUUGCACUCGGUUUGCAAAUUACAGCUGGCACUCUGUUCAGAGGUGCUAAGUACUCUCGGCUGGCAAACGCUAGAGAGACUUGCUAUUUUGAUCAUGAGCCAGUUGGUGGAAAUAUGGAGUUACGAACUAGCAAUACAAUAUUGUUAGCUAAAGUGAAAAGACUAGAUAUUCUUUACAGAAAACGGCUAAAGAAAUCCCAUAAUUUAUCUCAGUUGAUGAGGAUACCUUUGACUGUUGCUGCCUACCCAAAGACUGUUACACUGUCCUCAGUCAGCAUAUCUUUUAGUGCAUAAUCGUUCAAAACAACCCUGCUCUCGAACACAAAACCAGUGUUUCAAUCAAAAAUAUUUCUUUCUUUUUUCUAAUCAUCAUUUUUAUACCCACAGUAUUCAACACAUUAUGUAUGAAACAUGUUUGAUGAAUGUCAAUUUCAAAACAUGUUUAAGUGUGAACCUCUGUAUCUUACAUCAUAUCUUUCCAAAUAAACUUCUUUG